AUGGGAAGGCAACUUAGACCCAGGAAACCGCGACCCAGUUACGGAACAGUUCUGGAUACUCAUAGUGAAGAGGAAGAGGUCGCUCAGAACAAGACUCGAUCCAAGACUCGUAUUGAAGAUGAACCCGAAGAUGUGGUCAUGGGCUAUGAAAGUGGUGGUAGUGAUUUCGUACCAGACAGAGAUCAAUCGAAAACAAAGAAAAGCUUCAAAUCAGCUCCGGGUUCGAAAUCUCAAUCGGAAGAUGGCUCAGAUCGAGAAGAGGAAGAAGAGGAGGAUGAGGGAGAAGAAGACUUUGUUAAGAGGCCCCUUAAGUUAAAGGGGAAAGGAAGGGCAAAGGCAAAUACGAAGCCAACGAAAAAGAAAAGUCCUCAGGAAAGGAAGGUCAGGAUUGUUGCCCACGGAAACGCAAUGGAUCCUACAGCAAUCUCUCAGAACAGUGCUAAUUCUGGACCGAGUCAUCGACAAUCGGCAUCUACGACCACUGGAAUACGGCGUUACCAGAAAAUGUACUCCCUUCCCACUCCCAGUGUACACCAUCGGCACCGUCCAGUUCCUCUUUUUAACCUCCCAAAUUCGAAAGUAGACCGGUUGAUUUCGCCCCCGAAGCUAUUUGAACAGCCCAGAACGGAAGAGACUAAUGGAUUCACGUCCAAUCCGAAGAUUUGCGAUCGCGUUGGCAAGAGUUGGGGUUAUAACGUCGGUCCUGGUCCUCUCUGGGAGCUAGUCGAAGACCGAUCAUGGUUCAAAGAAGCCUGCAAGGAUGAGAGCGAGAACAAACGGACGAGACCGCUUGUUCAUGAGCAUAUUUCGGUGAAAGCGGGAUGGAGAAUUUUGAACCGCGAGCAAGCCUCGCCAUACCUCCCAGCGGAUACCACCACAAGUGAUGGUGGUCAGUUUAACCCCCCUCCGCCCGUGGUAUGUUCCUUUGGCCCAUUUGAUUCCCAGACCAAGAUAGAGGUUUUCAUGUUCGACGCGUUUCCUAUGGCUCGUUACAUACCUGAAUCAAAAGCCCACGUCUUCAACCCCGGUGCUCCUGCUUGGGGGUUAGAUUGGUGUCCAAUUCAUGAAGAUGACCGACGAGUUCGACCUACCCAGUACCUCGCAGUGGCUCCCUUUCCCUCCAGACAACAUUCACCCGAAAUAGGCAAGAAAUUGCAGGCGGGUAUUUCGAGCCCGGGCAGUGUACAGAUCUGGAGCCUUUCACCCACGAGGCAAAAAGAGGAACUUGCACCGAAGCAAAAGCGUAAGGUUAACAAAGGCAAGGGGAAGGCGAUGGACAAUGUCGAUGCAGAUGGUGAUCAAGUCAUGAACAAUACUUCGGAGGACGACGUGGACAUUGGGAAGAUGACUUGCGAAAUGAUUCUUUGUUUAGACUCCGGGCCUGUCCAUGCGCUGAAAUGGGUCCCGUUACCGACAAAUUCAAGCUUCGUCGAAAAGGGUCCCGACAGGCUCGGAAAACUGGGACUUUUGUCUGGGACCUUUGAAGACGGAUCGUUCGCGAUUCAUGUUGUUCCAGAUCCCGUAGACGUACGUCGAGAAGCAGGAAAAGCUCCCAGUGAUGAGCCCAUUUUUGUUCACCUCCCCGCUCCGAUUCUCAAGGUUGAACUUGAGGCUGAAACAUCGUGUUGGAGCUUUGACUGGGCAAAUAGCGAGGUUGUUGCAAUUGGUACAACCGGUGGUGUAAUAGCAGUUUAUGACUUCAGUUCAGCUCUCAAGGCGGUUGAAAAUCCAGAUACUCCGACGCUAACAUCAGCUUCCCACCCGCACGUUAUGCUACCGACACACUAUAUCACUGUACAUCAAUGUGCUAUCAGGGCCUUAGCAUGGUUACGGGCUCCUCCUCAGCGGUAUCAAGUUCAAGCAGCGAAUAAAAAGAGAGGCAAAACCCACGAGCUUCCUACCGAGGAAGACUGGGACAGUCCCACGGUAAUUGCGAGUGGUGGCUACGAUGGAAUGGAGUGCAUGACUGAUAUUAGGGAGGGAAGGGGUGUGGUAAUGAACCGGACGAGAGAUGUUAUCAACACAAUGACCUUUGCGCCGUACUCGGGUGGUCCCAUUACAAUUGACCAUGAGAAUAUCGUCAAAGUCUACUCAGCAUCGCCGAUGAUGCUCGGGAGAGGACAUCUUUUGAUGGAGCCGCAGGGGCCUGUUUGGAGCAUUGAUGCAUCGGACUACCAUCCACAGCUCGUUGUUGGCUCUGCUGAUGGCUCAUGCUCCACCACGAAUACGUUGAGGUCAACAAGAAGGGAUGGUCCUGUACCGUUUUUGAUACACAAGAUAUACCAUAUGGACUACAACAGAAACCUACAGGAGUUCCGGAUGCUGGAAAAGUUCUUAUCGCUCGAAACUCAAGAGAAACCUACAUCUAGCAUCCAGAAGGCACAAAGCAAGGCAAAGGCCAAGAAUAAACCUUUACAACCAGAUUGGAACACUGGUGCUUGGCCUCAAGAAGUAGGAGUCCAGGUCGCCACUUGGAAUUCGUCGAACGGUUUGUCAAAUGCCGGAUUACUGGCAUCUGCGACUGGGUCUGGAUUAUGUCGUGUGGACUACUUGUGGGGACGGUGGAUGAGAGAUAAGUGUCCUUACACUGAUAUUAGCAGCAUACGAAUGGAGGGAAUGGAAAUGGAAAGUAGUACUGAUAGCGAAAGUGCUUAG